CCGUUUACGCUUCCAUUUUUUAAUCCUCCACCGCUGUCAUCGUCAUCAAAGCAGAGCCUAAUUUUCAUCUUCCAAAACGGCCAGAGAACCUCAAAAGCGGACAACGGUAACGUUACCAAUUCCAGUCGUCGUCAUCGAAACUUGUUGUCGCUGUUUCUUUUUUGGCGGGGCGCGAGUGAAUUGGGCGUUCUGUGUACUGGCGCAAAUGCAGACGCGGAGGGAGAGGUGGGUGUAAGCACAGAUGUCAUCAUAACUCUCCCAGCAUUCACCGAUCAUCUUCCUCAUCUUCCAGUCAACUGUUUGUACGCGGGGCUGGGGACAUGAGUAUGGGUACGAGCGUGCAGGUACGUGGGGCGCGUCAGGGAGAAUUCGCACUUGGUGAUGGUGCGUGUAAGGAGGUACUGCUAGCUUGAAGGGUGCGAAGGGAAAAAGGGAAGUUGGUUGAUGUUUGUAUUGAUGUUGCUACUGGGCCUGGGGUUAAUGCUGAUACGAUGGAUUGGGAGACGUCUGAGAGGAGGGCUGGAGGCUCGCGAGAAGAGAACAUCACUCACACAUCACCUCCAAGCUUGCAACCGACCGAACCGGCGCCAGGUAUUGAUGAAGGCGGUGUUAGGGAGGAGCGUUUACUACGGAGCGUAUCUUUGCUUGGUGUCUCCGAAGACUCUGCACCAUCUGCAUCGAAUUCUGGAGCCACUGCUGUAACGGACGCGUCUAUUCCCGGGUUGAAUGUACCCUGAACUACCUCUGUAGUCGAGUCCAGUUCCACGCUGCCUCGCCCGAGGUCCACACUCAGAGUGCUCGUGCUAUUAUAGGAAGUGGCAUGCCUCGUAAAUGCCGUUGGCUGAGGAUGCGCGAUCUCCGACGGAAGACUUUCUCCUGUCUUGCUUUUGACACUUCGUUGUCUCGUGCUUGUUUCGUGACAUGUCGUUCGCUGUUUUCCGCGCCGAUGCCAGGCUCCUUCCCAUCCGCUGGUUCGAGUGUGGAGGGGCGAACUGUGAGUGACUUGCUAAGUUGAA